AUGUCCUCAAUUCAACAGAAGGGUUGGGGCAAGCAGAACUGGCUAGACAUUCCGGAGGAUCAAGAUAAAGAUCAAUCUGCGGGACUGCCGGACUUCAAAGACGUCACAUUGCUACGAUUUAAGGAUGUGCUUGAAUCCCCCGAGCAGUUCGAGGGAUUCAAAGCUCGAGUCAAACAUAUUCUUUGUGGUGCAGGACUGUCGAAGCUCAUUGAUAAGACGACACACGAACCCAAGAAGGGCGCAUCGGGUGCGCAAAACUGGUUGGCAUUGUCCAAGAUGGUGGCCUCGUGGAUUCGUGCCAAUGUGUCGCAAAAGAUCCUCAAGAAGUGCAAGAAAACCGGUAAACGCAUGCUCUUAGCGACAGAGAUAUGGGACGCUCUAGAGAGCGUCAUUGGUACUGGGUCGUUCGCAUUUAUGAAACUUCUUAAAGAGUUCAAUGGUAUGGAGCCUGAGGACUUCCCCGAACCAAGCAUUUAUGCAAUGAAGGUGCUGGCGUCAUACAGCAGGCUCAGCACUAUGUUCAAGAACUUCAUGGCGCCAUUUGCUGUCCUAAUCAACAUGCUAGUUCGUAUUGACAUCGGACACAUCACAGUUUUGGUGCUUACGGGGUUGGAGUCACGGGAUAAAAUAUAUGAUGACUUCACCUAUGAUGAUCUUUUCAGAGAAGUUCAUGACAUCGUUACCUACACUGCAGUUCUGCUAGAAUCGCCAGUGAUAGAUCCACAGGACUAG